AUGUCCCCUCGUGUCCCCUUACAUUGGGGUCCUCGACCUAUAAACGCUGGUCGUCUUCGUCACUUGAGUAAGGAUCCUGAGGUUAUAAAUAGGAAGGUGUAUUGGUGUUUUGAGCAUCGUUAUAUUCGUCGUACAGUGUUAAAUCUUUGUCAAAGUUGUAAAUUUACCCGUCUAUUUGGUUCAUUAUUUGAUCCUGAAACUUCACAUGGUUACGGCUUAGCUCAUGAAUUAUCACUGCCAGGACCCUUCACUGGAUUCAUACCGAUCAGUGAAGGUAUGAGAAAGUGUAUAGACCGUCUGUCUACUUCUUCUGGUGAGCGUGUUUCUGAUUUUGUUCGUUCUCAUUUUACUCGUGACCUGUGGUUACACCGUGACAUUAUAGGCUCACCAAUGCAGCCUUGGCUGACUUUUGAUACUGCUAGGGCUGCUCCUUCCACUUUAUUAGCGCUUAGCGGUUGCGAGCUUAGUGUUGAGAACGGUGGUGACGUUAGGAUAAAGAGCGAUUACACGAUGAUUAAUGCGAUGCUGCUCCUUGUUUGGUUCUGUCUGCUUGGUAUCGGCACGGUGUCACCACAUCAGUUGUCAAAUAUUGUAUCUUACCCCUCUGUACUUGCAUUUACACGUUUAGGAGAUUCUUCAGUUUCAUUUCAUGACAUUAGACCACUACUUGCUGAGUCACGGCCUUUGACUAAAUGUCAGGUCGAUAAGUUGGAGAGUGAGUAUGUUGGUUUUGAGGCUGAGGAGCCUCGUCCACCUCAGUGUCCUUUAAUGGCCCAUCACCUGAGUAACCGUGUUGUAAAGGCAAUAGUUGACCACGAUAUGACUUUGCUUAAUGAACGUUCCAUCGAUUCAUCUGGUCGUCCUGUUCAUUUACGUCAGAAAUGGAAGUUAACUCGUAACCGUCGGCGUCUUGAUCCUGUAUUGUUUCGUAUUGGAGAGAAGGUGAAAGGUCGUGUUGCAGUUACGUUCCCAACGUAUGCACUUGUUGAUAUAGGUUCUACUUCUUACGGUGUUCUUCAUGCGCGUGAUAUGAGCGAGGGUUGGAUCGACCGUGUAGAUCACAGUGUAUCAUCUGGUGAUGAUAUCGUGGUUAUUGUGAAAUCUAUAGAUGAUGAUGGUCGUUUUAUUCGUCUAUCGUUGUUAGACCUCCCUAAAUUGGAGAGUGCAACAGGUGAGCCGAUUACCCGUCGUCCACUGCAUUCAUUUCGUGUUGAAGAGGUUGUAUCUGGUGUCAUUCGUCGAAGGUCCCCUUUGGGAUACUAUAUUGACAUUGGUGCUACUGUUGACGGUUUCCUCCACGUGAAUGACCGUAAGUUGUCUCGUAAAUAUACCGGUGUUAGACGUCAGCCUUUUCGUAUAGGUACUAUGGUUCCUGCUUUGUAUAUUAAGAGUGUUGAUUUGGUGAAGAACCGUAUCCAGUUAAGUGAGAAUUCAUUAGUUGAGGAUAUGGAGAAGCGUUGUAUCACAGGUCAGGAGACCCCUGAACAGCAGGCUACCUAUAGUCCCGUUCCUCAUGAAUCCUUUGUUGAUCGUCUAAAAUCGCAUGAUUUCGAUCGUAUGCGUAUGAUUGGUGGUUAUGAUGAUCUUUUGGAUUAUUUGGGUUGUGAUCGUAACGCCUCUACUGCUUAUGUGAAAUAUCUUGAGAACCGUAAGCGUCGUGAGGAGCUUGAACGUUAUAGAGCAACUCUGUUUGAUGACGCUGAUAAUAUGUCUGAUUGGCAGCUGCGUCAAGCAACAAAUAAGUACAAUGAGAUUGCGAUGGAGAUCGCUCAAUUAAACAACGAGGCUAUCGAGCCGCCUCCUAUGGAGCGUACUGUUUACAAAUAUGGUAGCCCUGGUGUUUGGGAGAGUCGUGUCUAUACUCGUUUCGACGAAUCUAACCCUAGUGCCUACUUUAGAAAGUUAACUGGCGAGGUUCAAUCUGCGUUACGUGAUGUACAGGGUGAGAGUUAUAAUUUUAAGGGUGCCAUGCCAGAUGAUCUCUGUAGUCCCGAGCGUCGUGGUGAGAUCAUCGAGUCUCUAUGGGAGCGUUUUCACUCUGCUCCAAGUAGUCUGAGUCAGAAUAAGGAUAGCGAGCCGCGUUAUUCUACUAUUGAAGAUGUAGAAGAUAUAGUCCCGGCUUCUCUAGUGUCCACAGAAGCUGAGCCUGUUACAACGUCUUACGCCGACUCAGUUAUAUCAGAGUUGGAAUCGUAUAACGACAGUGAUGCAUCUGAGUUAGCAGCAAUGAUCCGUGGUGCUUCCGAUUUCAACCCAUUCGAUCAUUCUCCUAAACUGGUAGAUGAUGACCAAUCUGCUCUUCUUGGUGCCUGUGCUAUGACUAACGACGACGUUUCUCAAUGGACCACACGCUUAGAUCGGUUGUAUGCUGACGGUGCCGCUACUCCAUCUGAUUUGGCUACAUUAGCUCGUGGUGCCUUAGGUGAACCUCAAGAUGCCGAUUUGGACCCUGCCGAUAGUCUGGUGUCAUCGGCUGCUGGCGAUGCCAUCCCCGCGUUACCCAAUGUGGAUGAAUACGUUGAUUCAACACCGGGGGCUAGUAGCGAUAAUAAUUUUUCGUCGCCUACAUUUGAUGAUGAAGAUGAACAGUUUUUGCUCGAUACCGAGUCCGAUACGGGCCACUCCAGUGAUUCCGAAUCGUCGGAACCAUUGAAUUUUGAUGAGGAAGGGUUAAUGUCCGAAAGUGGUUACAGUGACGAUUGUGAUACUGAUAGUUACGAUUCUGGAAGUGACGAUUCUGACGUGGAGGAUUUCAAGGAUAUUGCUGAAAAUAUUUUUCCAAAGUGUGGAUCUUCGGCUGCUGCAUCAUCACUUUCGGACGUAUCUCCCUCCGAGGACCCUUCUGGGUAUCCAUCGUCUCCCAAACCUUCACAAGUGGUUCCCAAGGGCCCACUUGAGCCUGUAUACAACUACUACAACCCUCCAACUAUGGAUGAUUACGUUCGUGAUAUAUUCAGUGAAGUGCGGGCUAUAACGGGUGAUGUAUCGGACCCAGGUUCUUCAACGGCGACUGAGACCGUUCCUAAGCCAUUAGAGAGUCGUGAUACUCGUCGAAUAAAUCGUCAUCUGCGUCGUAGCCGGCAGCGUCACUUGGACCCUAUAACCCGUCUCUACCUUAUGACUAAGUUCCCACCACGUCAAGUGCCUUGGUCUGCUAAAUCUUCUGUGGAUGACCCAGGGUCCUCUGAAAGUUCUGAAGAUAGUGAAGAGUUAGUUGAUAGUGAUGAAUAUGAGGGUUCUAGUGACGUUCCCGUUGACUUUAUGCCUAGUGAUUUUUCUGAUGACGAUUUUGAAUUUGGUACCCCUGAAGAUUUGAAAAAGAUUCGAUCUAUUUUAAAGGGUAUAGUUAAAUCUGGCAACAGUCGUCGUGCUUUAUCGCGUCUUGCUCGUAAGGUUCUUCCUGCUGAGUUAGUUUCUAAGUAUCAAUGUGCUACUGGUGAGGAUGAGCACAUGGAGGAGAUGGCCACUUUAUUGCGUGAUGGUAAACCGCGUCCUAAGGUCACUCCGUACACUUAUUACCCAGAGGGUAUCGAUGCUGCUGGUGUAGGUGAAGACCGUCGUAGCAUGAACCGUCGUAUCCGUGACGCUCAUGUGAAGUUGUCUAAGUUGAAGCGUAAUAAGCGUUUCUUACAUAUGCUUGAUCGUUUGGGUGUUGACGUUUCUAAGCUUACCUUUGAUAAUAUACAUGAGGUUUUGCCUUUGGAGUUGGUAUCCUCAAGGCCUCCUCCGUUCCGCCGUUUGAUGGGCAUCGGCCAGUCAAUAGUGCCGGGUACCAGAGGUUGA